GGAAUUCGAAAUUUAUUUUAUUCCGAAUUUAUUAUUUAUUAUAGCUUUCAUUGCUAUUAAAAUCUGUUUAAAAGGUAGUCAUUUUCUGUCUAGUUCGAGCAGACGAUACUUGGUCAAAGUAGUCUCUGAACUAGAUCUCCACAGGGUAGUCACCCAUUUCUGUCAUUACAACACAUCUAGCUCGGUAUAGUUCACAAGGUUGGCUACAAUUCCUGGUCUGAAAAUCCAGAUUGAAUAUUGAAUUAUUAAUAUUCUACCAAAAUGGACGGGCAGAAUGUUGAUGAAAUGAACCCCAAUCCGCUGUCGCGAAAACUAAAGUUCUCCGGUAUUUGUAAGCUAACCGAUGAGGAACUGUCGCAUCUCUACAAGCUCGACGAGCUGACAGACGAGGAGCUGGUCUCCUUGGGCCUGGAGAGAGGCUCCCUGAUCGAUGACUAUCGUCUUCUGCACGAGGUUUCGAUGAUGAGGAAAUUGGAGAACGAAGCCGCAAAGCCCCCAAAUCCCCCAGAGCCCCCAAAGCUUGCAAGCCUCUCCGAGUGGGAGUUGCACGAUCAGCUACAGCAUAUGGAUUACAUACCCAAGAAGGUAUACAAAUUUGAGUUGCUUAACAAGUUGGUCAAGGUCAUGAGUAUCGAGAAGGAGUCUGGGACCAUCUUCAGCGAGGAGCAGUUGCGGCUCGACUUGAACUACAGUGAGCUGAACAGCUAUCUGGUUCCGCCUAAGGAACGCUUGGGUCUCCGCCUGGAGUCCUUCUACAAUUACCUGGACAACAUGUUCGUCAGCGGCGAUCGCAACAAAGCCCUCGAAUUGGUGUUGCAUGGCAUCCGCCGUUUGAACAGGCGCCACAAUUCGAAGGACAAUCUUCAAGAAUGUCUAUAUUCUUAAGUUAACAUUCGCCAAGGAAAGCACAACAGCUCCCGGUGCAUUAUGAUUGUAACAAAUUUCAGAUAAAUUCAAUUUGUUUCUCUACCAAUAA